UUCCUUCUCCCUGCCCUUGCAAGCCGCACGAGACUCUCAGUUUGGGAUCAAAACAUGGCUAAACUGAGCAAAGAGAGCAAACAGCGGCUGCAGCAGCUGUUCCAGUGCGGCCAGUUUGUCAUCCGAUGGGGUUUUAUUCCAACCGUGCUGUACCUCGGUUUCAAAAGAGGAGCAGAUCCAGGGAUGCCUGAACCUACAUUCUUAAGCUUGCUAUGGGGCUGAGGAGCAUCUUCACACAGCCGAUCACCAACCAUAAUCCAGACCAUGUGACUCACCUGUAACUGGACAAAAUGGACUUCAUCUUUUACUUUCCUCUCUGAAAAUAAUAAUGAUCGGAUAACAUUUGCACAUUAUUUCUCACUAUCUGUAAAGUAAUGAUUGAAUGUUGCCCAUUUCCAUGUCGUCUAUAGCUAUGGUAAAGAUCAGUAAAUGUAGAGAGAUGUGUGUCCCUGGAAAUGCAUGCUCAUUGGACUGUCAGUUGCAAGGUUAUGUUUGUGAAUGUGUGGCACAGAUGUUUGGGUAUACCAUUUGUUUCAUGUUUUUUUCUUAGUUUUUAUUUUUAAUUUAAAAUUUCUGAAAAUAAAUUCCCAAAGAAACGAC